UAGGAUACGGACAAUUCAGUUUUUUUACGCUAGGAAUUUGUGCUGUUGAGAGUCCAGCAACUCUACAAGAGAUGCCCCCUGUAUCAUGCAUGCAAUGUUCAAACAAAAAAUAAAAGUUAAAACCAUACAGCGGUCGUACAAUGCUGGAGGCUGCCUUGGAAAGCAUGCAGUGAUAUUGGCUCAGAUUUGUAGCGAGUUGUUGGCGUUGGCUUGGACGCCUUCUCUUCAGAGAUCAUUCGCACUUGAUUUCAAGUCAUUCGGAGUUUUUGGCAGGCAAAGUCAAAGGCAUAUAGGGCCAGAGAAAUAUGGUGUUCCUUCUGGAGGCAAAAGAUGCAGAGGAAUGGGGUUAUAGAGGCGAGGGUGCAGCCAAUGUUGUGAUGGGCUAUCGUGGGACAUCACCAGAAUUUGUUGGAAAAGUACUACGUGUGAAGAAGGCUUCUCCAGAUAAGCCCAAUCACAGUAGCUCAGAAAAGAGUGCUCCACUUUUGUCUGUUGAAGAACAAGUUCUGUGGUCUGAGUUGCAAGAAUUGGUUUCAUCAAACUCUAAAGAGAUUCUAGCCCAGGGAUAUGCACAACAUGUCAUAGGCCCUUUAUUAGGUUCUGAUCAUGUUGAUCCUGGGACACUAGUUUGUGUUUCAAAGGAGUUUUUAGAAGCAUUGGAUCAAAACAUCUAUAAGAAACGUCCAGAAUGGAGGAUUAGAGAUACCAGGAUCAAUCUCCAGAGUGGCUAUGCACUUCUUAUGUCAGAUCAUGCAACCUUUUCACAAGGUCUUGAUGGUGCUGCACCAUGUAUCUCAGUAGAAAUCAAGCCAAAAUGUGGGUUUCUUCCUUGUUCAAGUUUCAUAUCAUCAGAGAAUCACCUGAAGAGGCUUGUAUCUCGAUUUGCAAUGCAUCAACAUCUAAAAUUAUCCCAACAGGAGGUAGCCAGUAUCAGCAAAUAUUGUCCAAUAGACUUGUUCUCUGAAUCACGUGAUAGAAUCCAUCAAGCAAUUGGGGGACUUUUGGAAAUCCCUCAGAAUAAUUUAUGGAUAUUUUUGAAUGGCUCGUUGAUCUUUGGUGGAUUGGGAGGUUAUGCAGAGGAAGGCUUGCUUAAUGGUUCCAUUACUGAACAGGCAGUUCAAAACUUGGAAGACAUACUUGAGAAUGUAAUGACAUGCCAAAAGGGAGAGCAAAUGACAUGCUUCAAGGAUCUUAUCACAGAAUCUAUUCUUGAAACUAGAAUGUUGAGCAAGCUUCUUGCUGUUCAGAAGAUGGACCUUUAUGACAUUGAAGGUGCAAUCCAUGAAUAUUUCAACAUCAUUAGGAAACCAUGCCAGAUAUGCACUUGUUCUUCAGACGAGUCAGAUAAUCAAAUGCACAAUCAUAUACAUGAUUAUUUUACCUCUCUCUCACUUGAGGAAAGCAGAAGGAUUGUUUGUGAUUUUCUGGUAGCCACAACUGCAAAAGACUGCAGUUUAAUGCUCACUUUCCAGCCUGUGAAUCAUGAUGGCACAAAUGUAAAUUCAUCGGAUGUAAAUAACAUGAUGCACUUUACAGCAACUAAACAAACUUUUCGCUUCAAGGCUUACUAUGUAGACUUGGAUUUGAAGCGCUUGGAAAAAUUGAUCCACUAUUACAAAUUGGAUCAGAAAAUAGUAAGUAUUUACACCAGAAUGCAAGGAACAAAUGGAAGUUCAAACCAUGAAGAUUCUAAAAUGUGUGAACCAGUUUGAUUGGCUUUUUCACAUCAAUAUUGAGUUAAAAAAUUGAAAUAUACGUGCCUCAUUGACAUUUCCCACGUGAGCAGAAGCAGACAUUCACGUGCUAUGCCAGAGCAACUGAGAAAUGAAGCCAUUCUUCUGAAUCCUUUUAUGUCAUAAUUAUCAUAAAAGGCUCAAAACUAAUAGUUUCCUCAGCCUCUAGUGUGGAAAAGUGAUUAGUUUCUUUGUAAUUUAAAUUUGGACAAAAAUAUUGCAUGGACUGUAUCAAAACCUUUGCAAUGUGCAGUUCACGUUUCCUGGAUGCCAUCAAUGACAAUUCUGUCCAAGUGCAUUCCACAAGGGAUGCAUACAUGUACUUGUUUAUAUGGUAUAUGAUUAAAGUAUGCUGAGCCAUGUAUAUGUUCUAGAUGAUAAAAUAUUUCUUCAAUCAAGUAGUUCUUCAUAGUUAUUGAAGAAAUUGUGGAAUUAUUCUAUGAAAAACAACUAUUAAACAAUUCUGAUUUUAAAUCUAGGAAAACUGUGAUGUAGUUGAGGAAAA